GGUGAACCCGGCAUCGCAGGCUUCAAGGGUGAGCAAGGACCGAAGGGCGAGACGGGUCCUGCAGGACCCCAAGGUGCCCCCGGGCCGGCUGGCGAGGAAGGCAAGAGAGGAGCUCGUGGUGAACCUGGUGCCGCUGGCCCUGUGGGCCCCCCCGGAGAAAGGGGCGCUCCUGGCAAUCGUGGAUUCCCCGGGCAGGACGGGCUGGCCGGACCCAAGGGUGCUCCAGGUGAACGCGGCCCCGCUGGUCUCGCCGGUCCCAAAGGUGCCACCGGUGACCCUGGACGUCCUGGAGAGCCUGGGCUGCCCGGAGCGAGGGGUCUCACCGGCCGCCCCGGCGAUGCGGGACCUCAAGGCAAAGUCGGUCCGACUGGUGCUCCUGGCGAGGAUGGCCGCCCCGGCCCUCCCGGCCCUCAGGGUGCUCGUGGGCAGCCCGGUGUGAUGGGUUUCCCCGGUCCCAAAGGCGCUAAUGGUGAGCCUGGAAAAGCUGGAGAGAAAGGACUGCCUGGCGCCCCAGGGCUGCGGGGUCUUCCUGGUAAGGAUGGGGAGACAGGAGCUGCUGGACCCCCCGGACCCGCUGGUCCUGUGGGUGAGAGAGGAGAGCAAGGAGCCCCCGGUCCUUCUGGAUUCCAGGGACUGCCCGGACCACCAGGUCCCCCUGGAGAGAGCGGCAAACCCGGAGACCAGGGUGUUCCCGGAGAAGCUGGUGCCCCCGGUCUUGUUGGUCCCAGAGGUGAACGUGGAUUCCCCGGUGAACGCGGCUCUCCCGGUGCCCAAGGGCUGCAGGGUCCCCGUGGGCUGCCUGGAACGCCUGGCACUGAUGGACCCAAGGGUGCGACCGGUCCGGCUGGUCCCAAUGGUGCCCAGGGUCCCCCAGGGCUGCAGGGAAUGCCUGGUGAGAGAGGAGCAGCUGGCAUCGCUGGCCCCAAAGGUGACCGGGGAGAUGUUGGUGAGAAAGGACCCGAAGGAGCUCCGGGCAAGGAUGGCGCACGUGGUCUGACGGGUCCCAUUGGUCCCCCUGGCCCCGCUGGCCCCAACGGCGAGAAGGGUGAAUCCGGCCCUCCUGGUCCAUCUGGUGCUGCUGGUGCCCGUGGAGCCCCCGGCGAGCGUGGCGAGCCCGGUGCCCCUGGUCCUGCUGGAUUUGCUGGCCCCCCGGGUGCCGACGGACAACCCGGUGCCAAAGGCGAGCAGGGAGAACCCGGGCAGAAGGGUGACGCCGGCGCUCCUGGUCCCCAAGGUCCCUCCGGCGCUCCUGGCCCUCAGGGUCCAACUGGUGUCACCGGUCCCAAAGGAGCUCGUGGGGCUCAGGGUCCCCCUGGAGCCACAGGAUUCCCCGGAGCCGCCGGCCGCGUGGGACCACCCGGCCCUAAUGGUAACCCAGGCCCCCCCGGACCCCCUGGCUCUGCUGGCAAAGAUGGCCCCAAGGGUGUUCGUGGUGAUGCUGGCCCCCCUGGCCGUGCUGGAGACCCCGGCCUCCAAGGCCCCGCCGGCCCCCCUGGCGAGAAGGGCGAACCCGGCGAGGACGGCCCCGCGGGUCCCGACGGCCCCCCAGGGCCUCAAGGCUUGGCAGGACAGCGUGGUAUCGUGGGUCUCCCAGGACAGCGUGGUGAGAGAGGCUUCCCUGGACUUCCAGGGCCAUCGGGAGAACCUGGAAAGCAAGGAGCACCUGGCUCUGCAGGCGACCGAGGUCCCCCCGGCCCCGUGGGCCCCCCUGGGCUGACAGGUCCUGCUGGAGAACCCGGGCGUGAGGGCAACCCCGGUGCUGACGGACCCCCGGGCAGGGAUGGUGCAGCUGGCGUGAAGGGUGACCGUGGUGAGACCGGCCCUGUGGGUGCCCCCGGUGCUCCUGGAGCCCCCGGUGCUCCUGGUCCCGUUGGUCCCACCGGAAAACAAGGAGACAGAGGCGAGACGGGUGCACAAGGGCCCAUGGGUCCCUCUGGUCCCGCUGGAGCUCGAGGAAUGCCGGGUCCCCAAGGGCCUCGUGGUGACAAAGGUGAGACAGGAGAGGCUGGAGAGAGAGGGCUGAAGGGCCACCGUGGCUUCACCGGUCUGCAGGGUCUGCCCGGACCACCCGGCCCUUCUGGAGACCAAGGUGCUGCCGGUCCCGCUGGUCCCUCCGGUCCCAGAGGUCCCCCUGGUCCCGUCGGCCCCUCUGGCAAAGAUGGCUCCAACGGCAUGCCCGGCCCCAUCGGUCCUCCCGGUCCCCGCGGACGGAGCGGUGAACCUGGCCCUGCGGGUCCUCCUGGAAAUCCCGGUCCUCCCGGUCCUCCCGGCCCCCCAGGCACCGGCAUCGACAUGUCAGCUUUUGCCGGACUGGGUCAGACGGAAAAGGGCCCCGACCCCAUCCGCUACAUGAGGGCAGACGAGGCGGCCGGAGGACUGCGGCAGCACGACGUGGAGGUGGACGCCACGCUCAAAUCCCUCAACAAUCAGAUCGAGAGCAUCCGCAGCCCCGAGGGUUCCAAGAAGAACCCAGCCAGGACCUGCCGCGACAUCAAGCUCUGCCACCCCGACUGGAAGAGCGGAGAUUACUGGAUUGACCCGAACCAGGGCUGCACCUUGGACGCCAUCAAAGUUUUCUGCAACAUGGAGACAGGAGAGACCUGCGUCUACCCGACCCCCAGCAGCAUCCCCAAGAAGAACUGGUGGACCAGCAAGACAAAGGACAAGAAGCACGUCUGGUUUGCAGAGACCAUCAACGGCGGUUUCCACUUCAGCUACGGCGAUGAGAACCUGUCCCCCAACACCGCCAGCAUCCAGAUGACCUUCCUGCGCCUCCUGUCCACCGAGGGCUCCCAGAACGUCACCUACCACUGCAAGAACAGCAUUGCCUACAUGGACGAGGAGACGGGCAACCUGAAGAAAGCCAUCCUCAUCCAGGGAUCCAACGACGUGGAGAUCAGAGCUGAGGGCAACAGCAGGUUCACCUACAGCGUCUUGGAGGACGGCUGCACGAAACACACUGGCAAAUGGGGCAAGACUGUCAUCGAGUACCGGUCGCAGAAGACCUCGCGCCUGCCCAUUGUAGAUAUUGCACCUAUGGACAUUGGCGGAGCCGAGCAGGAGUUUGGCGUGGAUAUUGGCCCAGUCUGCUUCUUGUAAAAAGAGUUGUUUUAUUUGUGUGUUUGUUGUUUGUUUGUUUGUCGGUUUUGUUUUUUUAAAAAGAAAAAGGAAUCCAGCCCAAUCCCAUAAAAGCAAACCCAAUCCCACCCCCGAGGACCCAUACGUUCCCAUCACAACUUCUGCACUGAACGGACGGCACGACCCCCGUGUUCCCCUUCGGGACCCUCCAGCGCCGUCACCGGGCAGACAGCGACAUAAAACCAUGGGCUUAUUUAUUUAUUGCCUUCCUGGAAGGCCGAUUUCUUUAGGUCGGGUGGAGGUGGGAAUCGAUCUGGCAGGUAUGACGCCCCCCCCCCCCCCCCCAAAAAGGGGUCUUGGCAAAACACAGGUAUCGCGGAAUCCCCUCCCCUCCCCGUGUAUCGCAGCAGGAGUGCUAAUGUAUCAUACGACAGAAAUGGUGCUAUUCUUGUAAAACAAGUCUGUAUUUUUUAACAUCAGUUGAUAUAAAAACAAAACAAAAAAAAAAAAAAAAAAAAAAAAACUUU